AUGGAAACGAAUGCUAUUAAUACCGAAUUAUUUAUAGAUGAAAUAGAGAAACGUCCUGCAAUAUGGGACAUGACAAGUAGCGUUUAUUCAGAUAAGAACUUGAGGAGACGGGCUUGGGAAGAACUCGUCUUCAUAUUCUGUGAAGUAGAUGACAAUGAAGAAAAGAAAAAAAUAUUAUGCGAGUACAUAUAUUUAUAUUUUCAAUCAGUCUGUGUUACAAAUUAA